UCACUCUCUGCGAGCUUCAAAACCGCAGAACUGUGGAGGGAUAAAAGAGAGCAGAAAGACGAAAAAAAAUGGACGAAGACUCGCUUUACUUACAACUGCACAAGCUAUCGGCGAUAAAUUCAGAGGAAGCGCUCGACCAUAUACUCACUACGCUCUGGAAAACCAGGAGAACCGGUCUCCGCUCGCCGGAAAAGUCUCACAUCCAGUCUCUCCUCAGUCUCCUUUCACUCUCCGAAGUUGAUCCUGUUUUGGCAUGCCUUCGUUCGCUUAUCAGAAAAAGUGUGCAUGAGAACUUCACUGGAGAUGAUCUCUUGAAGCUGUUUCCUCCUGAUCUUUCACUUGAUCUGCAAAGCUUUCUUGUGUUGUUGCUCCAGAAAUAUCAGAAUCAAUGGAAAGAGGAAAUGUCAAGAGAACAGCAUCCCCUACCAAGGACCAGUGUCUCCUACCAGGUGAAAGCUAGCGUGCAACCAUCUUUCUCAUCUUCUGUGAUUUCAAUGCCACUUUGGCCUCGCCAGGAUGAUCUUAAUGGACGUUUGAAUCGCAAUGAUCUCGGGUUUUCUCCAUCAAUCAUCACUGGUACCAAUGCCUCACAUAUUGCACCUGUUUCUAUCCAACAAGACGCUAGCCCUUCUGAAAACUUGGGUGCUUUGCCACGCCUUAAGUCAAUGACAUGGACCAUGGAGAAUUGCAACUCUGCAGCAGCAAAUAGAGUAGCCAUCAUCAGUCUCAAGCUUCAAGAUUUCACCAAGUCUCCUUCAGGAGAAACGGAGGUGAAAUUUCAGCUUACUAGGGACACACUUGAAGCGAUGUUGAGAUCAAUGACCUACAUCAGUGAGCAACUUUCUAGCACGGUUCACACCUCUUCAGGUCCGGCUCAGAAGAAGCAAAAACAAUAGAGUUGUCACAACCAUUUUGAUUAAUCUCUUUCUUUGUUUAUAGCUGUCUGCAGAACUAACUUAUUAGCAAUUUAGCACCCUUGAUCUGCUUUGUGCGAAGUUUGCUGGAUUGGAGCUUAAAACUCAAAACUAGCAUGUGUUGUUGAGAUUUUUCUCCUGGGAAUCUCUGCAAAAAUCCACUCGAUGGCAUGUUGUUUUCAUAUUUUGAAUAACAAUAAAUUAAUUUCAUUCUACAGCAUAA